AUGUCUACAACCAAUGAUCCAACAACUUCAACUCAGCCAAACCUUCCUUCUUUACCCUCACACACCCCCUUGCCUGCAACCCAAGAAGAAGUGUCCACUUCUUGGGCUCUGUUGAUCCUAGUGUCGAUCUUGGUGUGCAUUCUACUUACAAGCUACUAUCUGCAACGCCGACAGAUUCGGUUUAUUCAUGAAACGGUUGUGUCAAUUUUUCUUGGGUCGCUUGUUGGGGCUGUCAUCCGAUUCUCACCUGCUGGAACUGGCGGAAUCAAGGAAAUGGUAACUUUUGACCAUCGAUACUUUUUUAAUCUACUUCUCCCGCCAAUUAUCUUCAAUUCAGGAUACGAUAUGAAACGACGCAACUUUUUUAAAAACUUUGGAUCUAUUCUCAUCUUUGCUUUUUGUGGAACAUUUAUUUCUACAACUGUCAUUGGAGUGCUCAUUUUUGCAAUCGUGUCGGUUGGAAUGCCAGGUCUGGACAUGACAUUCCUCGACUGCUUUGUUUUUGGAGCUAUUCUCUCGUCCACUGAUCCAGUCACCAUUUUGUCCAUAUUUCAUCAGAUGAAAGUAGAUCCUAAACUGUUUGCAAUCAUUUUUGGUGAAAGCAUUCUUAAUGACUCGGUAGCCAUUGUGCUGUUUAGCACCUUGGGCAAGUUCCAGGGGAAAUCAUUGACACUCUUGACUUUAUUGCAUGGUAUUGGAUCUUUUCUUGGAGUUUUUUUUGGAUCAGUACUUAUUGGCAUCAUCAUUGCAUUGAUGUGUGCUCUCAUGUUGAAACACACUCAGUUGCACUUGUACUCGUCACUUGAAUCGUGUCUGAUUACUCUCCUUGCGUAUUCGUCCUAUCUUUUAUCCAACGCCAUUCAACUCUCGGGGAUCGUUUCUCUUCUUUUUUGCGGCAUCACGCUUAAACACUACGCAUAUGAUAACAUGAGCAUUAGAAGCAGACGGACAACAAAAUACAUGUUUCGAGUGCUUUCUCAGAUGUCGGAAAAUUUCGUGUUUAUCUACCUGGGUGUAGCACUAUUUACCCAAACUGAUCAAGCUUACUAUCCCGUGUUGAUUUUGCUUACACUGGUGGUGAUUAUGUUUGCAAGGUAUGUUUCGACUAUUCCGCUAGCAAAACUGAUCAAUGUUUUUCCACGUACAAGGGGCGAUACAGUGAAUGACAUGAUUCCUCGUAAUCAUCAGCUCAUGAUAUGGUGGGCUGGUCUUCGUGGAGCCAUUGCAUUUGCUUUGGCAUUUAAUGUUGAGGGAAAGGCUGGCCCGGUUGUAAGAACGACUACUCUAGUCGUGUGUGUAGUUAGUAUUGUUUUACUUGGAGGAACGACACAUUUGGCUCUGGAACGACUGCAUAUUUGCACUGGUGUUUCUACCAAAAUU